AUGUCGCAGAACCCCGAGCCUCAACUGUCGCAAGGUUCUUUGGGCCCUCCGGCAGAAAUUUCCCGCCCGGCCACACCAGUACAGCGCGCAACUCUCUCCGCAUCUCCCGAUUUAAGUGCAGGAGCCGAAAGCCAGUCACCACGCUCCGAAAACCUCAAAUUUAUAUCCCCCCCGUCAUUAAUCUCGUCAGACAUGACUCCGCCACCAUCAACACAGAUUCCCGGAGCUCCGCGAAGAUCAAGAUCUCGAUCGAGCUCGUACUUGGCGCCCUCUCCGGACAUCGAAGAAACACUGUGUGCUGCAUACGGAGCGUCUGAAAAUCUUCCCACGGCGGGGGAAAUUGAUACCGCUGAGGAGAAUAAACUUCGCGCUAUUGCAAAAGAGCUUCUUGGAGUAGCUCGAGAGUCUCGCGUGUCUGCCCUUCAUUUCAAAUUGCAAUAUGGUCUUUUGUCGUUUAGGAGUAAUGUGGCUAUCAAACGCGCCGAGGUUGAGCACAAGCUUGCUAGAAGAGAGGCCGAGAUUCUUCAAAGCACCGAAUAUCGCAGUCGUCACCCUCCACCCGACGCAGAGCCCGCGCCUCAAAUGUCUAAUAUCGAGCUGGAACUUGCUCUCAAACGUAAUCAAGAGCUGGAGAUGGCUAAUGCUACCCUUGAAAGAAGACUACGACGAGCGAAGAAGCUUAUUGAGCAAGAAAAAGACCAGUCGGAUCAGUUGGUAGAAGAGAAUCAGUUGCUGAAGAAGCGCAUUCGAGAGAAUCGGGAACAUUUCUCGCGGAUGAUAGAGCACGGUCCAAUGUCUCCAAGCCAAGCUGGUCUCCAAACUCCUCACCGGAGUGACAGCACUAACCCGUUUGCUGCUCUUCUUGCCGCGGAUCGUGUUCUCAACAGGGAAUCUCCUAGUGUGGCACCGACGCCACAUCGGCAUAGAGCCCAUCGACACCAUUCAAAUGGACAUGUGCGAGGUAGCCAUUCUCUGUCCUCACUUCCCAUUACACCAUCUCAGACACACAAAGCCCAUCAGGAAAGCCAAUAUGUCACUCCUGGGAGGGAUUCCAGCGAUGAGAACCGUGAUAGGGAUAGCACAAUUUCUGCUUCUGAUAUCGAGGAAGCUGAAACUGAAGAAGACAUUCCACCUUCCCGGGCGGGAUCUCCUACAACUAGCAUGCUUCGCCGUAACCGUCCAGUUAUCAAACAGGAUAUGUACAAUCCGGCAUCAAGAUCUAGCACACUCCUUCAGACAAAGCUAUUCGGUCAGGUGCGAAAGACUGGUGUUGACCGCCCUACGAGUAAUCUCAAACGCAAAGCAAGUUUUGAUGGUGCGAGCUCGAAGAAAUCAAAACCGGAGGACCGGGUGGGGCUCGGAAUUCAUUGA